AUGGCACAAGUCCAGCACCACCUGCGCCUCUUAUCACUUUUGAUACCUCUCAUCGGUAUCAUAGCAGGAGCCCUCAAUUGGAACAGUGCUGCUAUCUUCACCCUCAACAUCGUCGCUGUGAUUCCACUUGGAUUAUGGGUUAACCGAUCAGUCGAUUCGUUGACUGUCCUCGGUGGCACCAUUUUCGUCUCAGGAUACGACCAAAAACGACUCCGAUUUGAUCGUACCCUCACAACAAUCCUCUCAUCCCUCAUGAUGGUCGUCUUCAUCCUCCUCACCCUCCCAACCAUAAUGGAGGUCUUCCCAUCUGCCAAAGCCACCCCUGCAGACCAAAUCCUCUUAACGCAACGCAUAACGGCCAUUAUCCUCGUCAUCCUGCUUCUCACAUUCCUCAUUUUCCGCCUCGGCACUCAUGCGGCCAUGUUCGCCAGCACCCCAUUCAGCCAGCGAGCUCAAGCCCACGGCGGCCAGUCUCAGAUAAUCGAGGCCCAGAUUCCACAGCCGUAUAUUGGCAAGGCUUCAGCAGCUAUAAUCAUAGCAGCUGCGUCCACGUCCGCGCUUGCGUGCACAUAUUACAUAGUGAGCUGUUUGAGUGGGGUUGCUUCAAUUACGGGUAUGAAUCAGUCUUUCCUUGCCGUGACAGUUGUUCCACUGCUCGGAAACUCGGUUAAGUACCGCCGCAUUGUGAUGGGGUCCCGGACUUACAAUCAGAUCGAGCUUGGGAUCAGGGCGGUUGUUAACAAUGUGUUGCGGGUUACGAUGCUUAUUGCUCCGCUACUGGUUCUCGUUGGUUGGGCUUUUGACCAGCCGCUUAUUCUGAGAUUUGGUGGGUUUGAGGCUACGAUGCUUUUGCUUAGUGUUGUGGUGAUGACCUAUCUUAUUUCUGAUGGGCGGAGUAAUUACUUCGAGGGGUUGAUGUUGAUUGGAACAUACAUGAUUAUCACGUUCGCGUUCUUUGUUAGGCCUGAGGUGCCGGCGAAUGUGAUUUACCUAGGUGGUUAG